GACCAACACCACGAACGCUUCUUCGCGCUCGAGCCACGCUCAUCGACGUGGAGCUGGCGAGAAAGUCGGAACGGGAGCAGCGCGUUUGACUUCAUCAUCUCGUUCAUUGAGCUGUUCUGCAGCCAUCUCAGUAGUGUUGCUCGAAUCAGAAGGUCAGGCAUCAUUGCUACGACCGUCUGAACUGGCUGGACCAGCCGACUUGACGCUCGAAGGCGCAUAGCUUGAUAUGACCCUCAACAAGACGCUUGCCGCUCCAACCGCCGGUCUCUUCAUCCCUCCGAUCAUGCUCUUGAGCUUCGUCCUCAACUGCCCUUCGCCUGGUCCACAGAUUCCGAUCUCAGAUCACGCCGAUCACCAAGACGUCACGGUGACGCUGUACUACCUCGAGCUGUUCGAUCUCAGUCAGCUCUCGAUCUCAACGCAGCAUCGGGCUGGUCAGAACAGCACCCUCGUACCGGUGUGGCGAAGCGGAAUGAAGUUCGUGGCUGAGAGCGAAGGCGAGGAAGCGGGCCAACAGUUUCGCGCCACGAUGUGACGACGCGAAGAACAAGAGUAGGAGGCUGAGGGCCGUAGGGAGCAGGAGGGGUGGGUG